AAUUAUUCUGUGAUGUUUCGAUCCUUUCAAAAACUCCUAGCCCUCAGACUAUCUUCCAUUAUAAACGAUUUAUUUAUUUAAUCUUCUAAGUCAGUGUUUAUUGCAAUUUAACAUUCCCUCUUUGCCAGAACUGUGUAGUCCUUAGAUAGAAGAACAAGUUGCCUUGAGAAUCAACAAACUCAAAGUACCAAGAUCGCACACACCCCCCGAAAAUCUGUCAUCAACCAGAAAUCAGAGCUCAAAUCAGUCUUCAAUCUCUAUUUUAAAACGCAGUCUCAUCGAACAGUUCAUCCAAAUUUCCCCUAAUCGCUAAGAUAUUGGGCAGCAUUAGUUUUUUUUUUUGAUCCGAAACUUUUCCACCGGAAACUCAGACGAGAUAUGCCGCCUUUGCGGAUGCUAAUCCAUUACCUGGCGACGCGGCAGGCCCAGGUGAUGACCCACAUACGUCGGGCCAGUGGAAGCAGCAGCUUUCCGGUGCUGGCCUUCCCCGACGACCAGGACAUUGAACCGGAGGAUGAGCAGGGAGUGCUGGAUUCCCAGUUUCCGAUCCUCCACAGCCGCCACACCGAUCUGUUUUACAUGCCGCACCUCGUGGGUCCGGCGUACCAGGGUCUCAUUUCAUCGGUGGAUCAGCCGUACACCACCUCCUACUAUCCGGAGGACGCGCAGACGUUGAUCAAGGGGAGCGAUAAUGUCCUUCGGUCCGUGAUCUCACCCUCCGAUAUGUGGGUGGUGGCUUGCCCCAAGCUGCUGGUGGCCUACAUGCGUCAUCUCUUCCAGCAUCCGUACGCCCGGUUUGACAGCUCGAUGAACUUUAGCAUGAUUGGGAUGAGGUUCCAGGUCUCGGAUGUCGACAAUGCCUUGCGCUCCUUCGUACUCUUCGCCAGCCACAAUUCCCGCGAGAUCAUGCACAACGGCUACUGGGCGGACUUUAUCAAUCCGCUGACUGGCCGUGCCCACUUCCGGCCCGCCCACUGUAGCCGGAAGCAGUGCCGGGAGUCCCAGCUCCUUGGCCGGGGCUUGGCCUUCACCAAUGCCAAUGGCUGCACCGUAAUCGAGGAGGAGCAGAGUGAUCAGUUCACCGGCUGCAUCUUCACCGACACACCCUGCAAGGUCCUCGAGUCAUGGAUCUGCUAGUGGUCUCGAGGUUGUCGCCCAGCUGCUCAUUUCCAUGUCUGUGAUUGUGUACCCAUUAAAGUCCAGUUGAGAAUUCGAAUCCACGACCACACGAGGGAUAUAUCCGAAAAUUUUACGUAGUAAAUUUUGGCAAUUUUGUUUCGAUUAAGUUUGUGGGGAUCUACCCAAUCCCAUCUAUAGUACAUUUAAAAAUUUAUCAGUUGGAUGUUAUUUCUUCUACUAAACACAAAUGAGCAAAUUAUUCUUGGAUCGUUUUUUCUCCAGGAGGAUUUAUAAAAUACUGUUUUUUAAUUUUUAAAAUUUAUUAAGUAGUAAUAAACUUGUAUUUUGGCAGAGAA